CGGGGAUCUGUGGGGAGACAGAGGGAUAACUUGGAUUUGUGUAGUUGUAUAGUGUAGUGAGUGGAGUGGUGUGAUUUUUUGGCAAGGUCGGUAAAGGGUAUUUUGGAGCAAGUGUCCUUGAGGCCAUCACAUAAUAGGUAUCCGGUCUCGUGCACGCCUAGAUUCAGAUAAAGCCUUCUGAGACCCUUCUUGAGACAGCCUACGAAAAUGCGCACCGGGUCCUUAGGUGUUCUUUUUUGGUUGUUGCAAGCUCGUCUAUUUCAGAAUGGAGUCCGAAGAUGGUUAGAUGCGUCCUUCCUCAGGCUGCCUCUUCUUCCAACGGCCUCUUCCGUCACCGACACCCACCCUGUGAGGUCUUGCGGACCACGUCAGCCAACAACGCCUUGGGAGCAUUGACGUUAAGCGAAGCCAACGAGGGAGAUUUGUAUCAUAAGAGUCGUCCGAGCUCAAGGAUUGGCAACUUUUGGUCCCACUCCUGGCAUGGUGGACGAUGGAACAAGAUUUGGACACUCUUGGUUCUCUACAAUGGAAGGGCUGCAAUUUGCUGUGGGUUCAUCGUCAGCUUCAUCAUGAUGCUUCUGUUCGCCCUCGGUUUCCUACCUGGCUUUGAGAAAAAUCAAUAUCUUGAAAGGACAUCAGUUUGGGGUUUGGGCUCUGGCAGCUUGGCAGCACUGGUGACGUUGAUCAUUUGGCGUCCCAGGCACAGAGUGUUUCUAGACAGGAUUUGCAUCAACCAGCACGACAGCAAGCUCAAAGCGGCCGCAAUUUGCAGUCUGGCGGGCAUGCUCAAGCGGUCGGAGAAGAUGUUAGUGCUAUGGGAUCCAACGUGGAGUGAGAGAUUGUGGUGCUUGUUUGAGUUGGCUGCAUUUCUCAAAAGCAAGUCCGAGAACGAACAGCAUGCGCUCACGAUCCGGCCUUCCCUGGUUGGGCCAAGUUCGACCAUCUCCUUUUCAGUCAUGGUGGUCACGGUAGCUCCUUUGGUAUUGGUGCCGAAUGAUGCUGAGAACCAUCAACAUAUUUUACUCAUCAUUUUUCUGAUGGGGAGCCUGGCAGGCCUUUUCAUGGUCAGCGUUCUGCGUGGCUACUUUCGAUCUUUGGCACUGCUCGAACAGCAGUUGAACUCGGUGAAUUUUGAUAAGACUCGCAGUCAUUGCUGUGAAGUCAACCACCGUGAGGGGCAAGAGACAAUUCUUUGUGAUCGCAGGAUUGUCAAAGCAUGUGUCUCGAAGUGGUUUGGCAGUGAGAAGGCAUUUGAAGAGUGCAUCCGAAGCGAAGUGAUGCAAGCGGUCAUGUCAGACCUGCAAUACCAGAUUGCCCUGGAUGGUUUGAGCAACUGGCUUCUGGUGACGCCCAUCAUUGCAGAGAACUCAAUUCUCUUCGCGACUGUGAUGCUCCUCGUGACCUUUCUUUACCAUUUACUGAAAGCCCUUCGAAGCGGAAGCGGCGCAAAGGCCGCAGCACACGAGUUUCACGAGGAGCUGCGCUUGACCCAGCAAGUGGUGGAGGCGGUGGCGCGGAGGCAGCUCGUGCGGCCAGAGAUUCCAUUGGAAACGCCUGGGGCCAUGGACUUCAGCAACACCUCCAAUGAAAGCUUCACACUUUUUGGCACCUUCGACGCCUCGAGUUCUGCCGAAGAUGCACAAAGAGAGGAAGACGACGACUUUCACCUCACCCAGCGAGUCGCGGAGGCGGUGGCGCGGAUGCAGCUCGUCCGUCCGGAGGUCUUGCGCACCACGCCGGUUCACCAAGCACUGGGCGCCCUGACGUUGAGUGGAAACGACAAACAUUGGUAUCAUAAGAGUCGUCCGAGCUCAAGGAUUGGCACCUUUUGGUCCCAUUCCUGGCAUGGUGGACGAUGGAAGAAGAUCUUGACACUCUUGGUGUUCUACAAUGGAAGAACUGCAAUCUACUGCGGUUUCAUCGUCAGCUUCAUAAUGACGUUUUUGUUCGCACUAGGUUUCCUACCUGGCUUCAGAAAGAACCAAUAUCUUGAGCGGACAUCGGUUUGGGGCUUGGGCUCUGGAAGCUUGGCAGCGCUGAUCACGUUGAUCUUUUGGCGUCCCAGACAGAGGGUCUUUUUGGACAGGAUAUGUAUCAACCAGCACGACAGCAAGCUGAAAUCGGACGCAAUCUGCAGUCUUGCAGGUAUGCUAAAUAAGUCAGACAAGAUGUUAGUGCUUUGGGACCCGACAUGGAGUGAGAGAUUGUGGUGCUUAUUUGAGCUCACGGCCUUCUUGAAAAGCAAGUCUGAGAGUGCACAGAAACUGAUGAUUUGGCCCAUUUUCCUAGGGCCAUGUUCCAUCGUGUCCUUUGCCGCAGUGCACGUCACCUUUCUUUCCAUGGUUUUGCUGCAGAAUGAUGCUGAAGACUAUGUCCCCACAGGCAUUCUCAUGCAAGUCACAGGCAGUCUCGCAGGGUAUUUCAUGAUCCGAGUCUUCCGUGGCUACUUUCGCUUCCUGGAAGAGCUCAAGCAGCAGCUGUGCUCGGUGGACUUUGACCGCACGCGGAGUCAAUGCUGUGAAGAGGCACACCAAAAUGGUCAACUCUGUGAUCGGAAGAUUGUCAAAGCAUGCGUCGCAAAGUGGUUUGGCAGCCAAAGGGCCUUCGAAGAAUGCAUUCGAUCUGAAGUGAUGGGAACGAUUGUGUCAAACCUGGAAUUCGACCAAGUCGUUCGACGAAGUGGAAUUCUUUCAGUCACAUCUCCCGCUCUUUGGGCUUGGCUGGAUGUAUCCGCCUCUUGGGUCGCGAUCGGCGAGAGAAGUCGUGCUGUGCAGCUUUGCUUGGAUGGCUUCACAAACUGGCUUUUGAUGAUUCCCUUCAUUGCAGAGCUGGUGGUGUUUCUCUCACGUCGAUUUCAUCAAAAGGCUUCUUCUCCUCUACGGGAAGUGCUCAUGAAUCUGGGUGUGCUCAUGAUGGUGGUGCCGCUCCGUGUUCUUCUAGCUGGAGUUUACUACAUGUUUAAUCGAUUGGAGAUUGGACGCGAGUUGUCUUCAAUCCUUUUUGCUGCUGUGAUGUUGUUGGUGAACUUACUCCACCAUCGUUGGAAGAGACCUUCCUCCCCAGGUCGUAGCCCUUGGGGUUGUUUGAGCCCUCCGUGUCGCCCUCCGUGUCGGUGGAGAUCCGGUCCCAGCUGCGGAUGCUUGUUACAAGGCACGUUGUGA